ACUUAAUUAGGACUUAAGAGGGCCAUCAUGGGGUGCAGUUUGUUGAUAAGUGGUUUAAUCUUGUGGUUUGCCAUGAGUAGUAAGAAUAAUGGUAUAUUAGCAAUAAUGGAUGAGGAAUUAAUUAGUAAAAGUUCCUCAUCAAGUUACAACUAUGCAGAUGCUCUUGGCAAAGCAAUCUUGUUUUUUGAAGGACAACGCUCAGGGAAAUUGCCUAAAGACCAAAGAGUGAAGUGGAGGGGAGAUUCAGCACUCUCUGAUGGCAAAACUCAAAAUGUGAAUUUGGUUGGAGGAUACUAUGAUGCUGGUGAUAAUGUAAAGUUUGGAUGGCCAAUGUCAUUUACAGUCAGCUUAUUGAGUUGGGCUGCUGUUGAAUAUGAAAGUGAGAUUUCUUCAGUUAACCAGAUUGGUUAUCUCCGCCGUGCUAUUCGUUGGGGUACAAAUUUCAUACUUCAAUCUCACACUUCUCCAAUCACGCUCUUCACACAGGUUGGAGAAGGAAACGCUGAUCAUAAUUGUUGGGAGCGUCCAGAAGACAUGGAUACUCCAAGAACACUUUACAAGAUUGAUGCUAAUUCCCCUGGAACUGAGGCUGCAGCUGAGGCUGCUGCUGCACUUUCAGCUGCUUCAAUUGUCUUUAAGAAAAAAGAUACCAAAUAUUCGUCGAAGCUAUUAAGACAUUCAAAAUCUUUGUUUGAUUUUGCUGACAAGUAUAGAGGCACCUACACAGGUUCUUGUCCAUUCUACUGCUCGUACUCUGGUUACCAAGAUGAACUAUUAUGGGCUGCUGCUUGGUUAUACAAGGCCAGUGGAGAAAGCAAGUACUUGAAGUACAUCACAGAUAACCAAGGUUGGAAUCAGGCAGCGUCUGAGUUCAGCUGGGAUAACAAAUUUGUUGGAGUUCAAACAUUACUAACACAGGAAUUCUAUGGUGGGAAGAAGGACUUAGCAAAGAUUCAUAGUGAUGGUGAAUCAUUUAUAUGUGCUUUGAUGCAAGGAAGUUACUCUCUACAGAUUAAAAAAACACCUGGUGGACUUUUGUAUACUAGAGAUAGUAAUAAUUUGCAAUACACCACGACCUCAACCAUGGUACUAUUCAUUUUCUCCAAAAUCCUAAACAAAAAUAAUAUUGAUGGAAUUCAUUGUGGCUCUACCAAUUUCACCUCCUCUGAAAUUAAAGCCUUUGCAAAAUCACAGGUGGACUACAUACUAGGUAACAAUCCCAUGAAGAUGUCAUACAUGGUGGGAUAUGGAAGUAAAUAUCCAAAGCAAUUACAUCACAGAGGUUCUUCCAUCCCUUCAAUCAAAGUUCACCAGACCAAAGUGGGUUGCAAUGAUGGUUACACAGAUUAUUUCUAUUCCUCUAAUCCAAAUCCUAAUAUUCAUGUGGGUGCUAUAGUUGGAGGCCCUGAUUUUAAUGACCAAUUUAAUGAUGCAAGAUCUGAUUACUCUCAUUCUGAACCUACUACUUAUAUGAAUGCUGCUUUCAUAGGUUCUGUCGCAGCUUUGAUUGGCGAAAUUAAAACCGGGACUAUGUAGUUUUUCGAAGUUGAUUAUGUGAAGCCUAAGGAAAUUGAUUAGUACUGCAUAAUUGAUGCUAAUUAUCCAUGUUAAGAAAAUCUCAUGUGUAAAAUUAUUACAAGUGAACUAGUUAAAUAAUUUGUUAGGAACAUUAGGUUCAUACUUCAAAAGACUGUAAUCUUGUCUUAUUAUAGAUUAAAGGAAAAUGCUAAAAAGUGGGCUUAGAACAUUUUUAAUGUUAUUACAAAAAACAUUUGUUAA